AUGUCGGAUCACUACUACUGCGUUGGCGACUUCGACCUCCAUGACGACGACCAUCACCUCCGCCAUAGAAUCCCUGCCUUGUUUGGGGACGAUGUGCCCGAGCUGAUGCCGCAGAAAGGUUCAGUGGCCCACCCGGUCCGCGGUCGGGUCUGGAAGAGGUCGCCGCCGGAGCAACCUGCCGCCGACGCCGGGGAUAUCGGAUCGGCGGCAGUGGAAGCCGCGGCAAGGCAUCCGUUGGUGGAGGAGGAUGAGAUGACAGCUUGGCUCGACUACCAGAUCGGGGAUGGCGGUGGCGAUCUGUACAGAGAGCUGCUGGCGACCGGCGCCGGGGACAGCGGCGAUAUCCGGGCCGAUCGAGGACACGCUCUGGCGGUACAGAAGCAGGGGGUGGGGGUGUCGAGGGAGUCCAGAGUGGUGGAAUCGAGCGAGAUGCUGGCGGACGGGCAGGCGGUGAGAAGAGGUCCGGCGAAGGCGCACGUGAGGGAUGGCAGGAAGCGGAAGGCGAGGGAGGGCGACGACUCCGAGUGCCGCGAGGAUGCUGCGUUUGAAUCUGGUGACAAAAGGAAAGACACUCACAGAAGUGCAGCAUCCAUGAAAAGGUCACGUGCUGCAGAGGUCCACAAUCUCGCUGAGCAGAGGCGUCGGGAUAGAAUCAAUGAGAAGAUGAAGGCCUUGCAAGAACUCAUUCCCAGAUGCAACAAGUCUGACAAAGCUUCAAUGCUCGACGAAGCCAUUGAAUACUUGAAAUCACUUCAGUUGCAAGUCCAGAUGAUGUCCGUGGGAUGCAACACGGGGCCGGUAAAGAUAUUUCCAGGUGUUCAGACGUACCUGCCACAUAUAGGGAUGGGAAUGGGGAUUGGCAUGGGCUUGGGUACGGGACCAGCGAUGACAAUGGGUCGAGAGAUUGGUGCUGGGGGCCUGGGACUUCCGGGCCUCCGUUAUGGAUCUUUCUUUCCAUGUUUUCCUCUUGCUGGACCUGCUCCAGCUCAAUUUGCCCCAAGGCCCAUGGUGCCAUCCUUUCGUUCACCAAAUAUGGGCAUGGCCAUGGCUGAUCAAACCAGAGUGCAAGCACCUUGGCAGCAAAAUCCGUCAUCGAACUUGGUCAGCAUGCACAGCACAAAUAUCGCUCAAAUCCCACAUGUUGGUGAUCCCUAUUGCCAUUUUAUUGGCCUCGAUCACCUUAAUGGAUCAUCUCAGUGUUGCGUAAUGGAUGAACCAGCAACCAACAAAGGAACUAAUGCUGCUGAAAGCAACAAACUCGAUGAAAUGAAUGGUGAUGGUUAUAACAAAACUAGCAGUGGCUUGGAUCAUCCAAGAGAGGAAAACAUCGAUCCCUUGUCGCAAUAUGAAAGUAGAAUCAAGAUGCGUGCAAUACUUUCAUUGGGCACCAUAGCAAUAGAAAUUGCUUCUCAGACAGGAGAGUCAUGUGGCAUCAGUAUGCGGCACUAA